AUGUCUUCCGGAAGGCGUCUUCUUACCAUCAUCGGAGCCACUGGCAACCAAGGCGGCAGCAUCCUUGAUGUCUUCUUCUCCCAGCCGACGCUUCAGGAGAAGUACGCUCUCCGUGGCGUCACACGUGAUCCCAACAGCAAGAAGUCACAAAGUCUGAAGGACAAGGGAGUCGACAUGGUCAAAGCUGAGCUAGACGACCUCGAAGCCCUCAAAUCAGCUUUUGCUGGAGCAUACGGAGUCUUUGGUGUCACAGACUUCUGGUCUCACCUAUCCAAGGAGCGUGAAAUCCAGCAAGGCAAGAACAUCUUCGAAGCAUGCAAGACCGCUGGUGUGAAGCACUUCGUAUUCUCCGAUCUGGCGAAUGCUGAAAAGCUAUCCAAUGGCAAGCUGAGGCACGUUGACCACUUUGACGGCAAGUCAGAUGUCGGCGACUAUGCCGAUGCCAACAAAGGCGAUAUGAUCGUGUCUCACUUCAUGCCGGCCAUGUUCAUUGACUUUGUCAAGACAAGCGUCAACGAUGUCAAUGGCACCCCUACUAUCAGCAUGCCUUUCCCGUCCGAUGCAAUUCCAUGGCCACUCAUCGCCCCACGUCGUGAUGGUGGGAAGUACGUUUGGGGUCUCUUCGAGGGUGCCGAGAAGGCCGACGGCGCUCACGUCCACGCUGUCAGCUUCUGGACGACACCGAAAGGAGUUGCUGCAGCGUUCAGCAAGGCAGCUGGGAAGAUCGUCAAGUUUCAGACGAUACCCGGAGACGUCUUCGCAGGUUUUCUGCCUGAGAAUGUGAAACAAGAGCUUCUCGAGACCAUGUAUUUGGUUGGUGACUAUAGCUACUAUGGGCCGGGUUCCGAGAAGAAGCAAGCUGAGAGUGAGAAGUGGUUGCUUCCUGGAACUUCGACCAUCAGCGUCGAAGAGUGGGCAAAGGAGAAUGGCCCUUGGAACAUCUGA